AUUUUUCUGGUGCUGAACUGAUUAGAACACUAAAAAAAGGGCCAAAAAAAGUUGCAGCGGAAAAGAAGAUAAUUAGGUUUUCAAUUUAAGAAGGAAUAUUGUUCGUUUCAAUCCAUCAGUAUAACUGGACGUUCAAGAUUCCACCGGACAAUUCGCUAGCUUCUCGUCGUUGCCUGUGGCGAGUCGGAAAUCUGCUUCCUCUGCAUCUGAUUUAAUCGAAACCCUAGGUAUUUAAAGAGGCUCUACUGGCAGCAUUGAACAUUUCAAUGACCACACCAUCAUUUCAAUUUGUUAUCUUGGAUGGUCUUUGACUGGAGACUGGCGUUUAGAAAACCUCUCUGCCUAAAAAAUCUGGUUGUUAGUUUGUUACGUCUGUGCACAUUCUGUGCAAAAGGAACCAUGUUAAAUUAUUGGAAUAAAACAUCACAUUAUUUCGACAACCGCCUCCUUUGCCUUUAUCCUGUUCAUGUAUUCUGGGACACUCAUAUCAAUUUAUGAAAGAGUGUAGACGGUACGGUAAAAGAAUAAUGACACAGGCGCCAGAGAAAAAAUUCCCUCUUUCUGCAAAAGAUUACAAGUUGUAUGAGGAAGUUGGAGAAGGUGUCAGUGCUACCGUAUAUAGAGCUCUCUGUGUCCCACUCAAUGAGAUAGUUGCAAUAAAGGUUCUUGAUCUCGAGAAGUGCAAUAGUGACUUGGAUGGAAUUCGGCGAGAGGUACAAACCAUGAUUUUGAUUGAUCAUCCAAAUCUCUUGCGAGCCCACUGCUCCUUUGCCACUGGCCAUAAUCUAUGGGUCGUGAUGCCUUUCAUGGCUGGUGGAUCAUGCCUCCACAUUAUGAAAUCAGCUUAUCCUGAAGGUUUUGAGGAGCAUGUUAUUGCUACAUUAUUGCGUGAUGUCCUUAAAGCUCUUGUGUAUCUUCAUGCACAUGGACAUAUCCACCGCGAUGUAAAGGCUGGGAACAUACUGCUUGAUGCUGAUGGUACUGUUAAAUUAGCUGACUUUGGGGUAGCUGCAUGCAUGUAUGAUACUGGUGAUCGUCAGCGUUCAAGAAAUACUUUUGUUGGAACUCCAUGCUGGAUGGCUCCUGAAGUCAUGCAGCAGUUACAUGGAUAUGAUUUCAAAGCAGAUAUCUGGUCAUUUGGAAUCACAGCUCUUGAACUUGCGCAUGGUCAUGCACCAUUCUCCAAGUACCCACCAAUGAAGGUUUUGUUAAUGACACUACAGAAUGCACCUCCUGGAUUGGACUAUGAAAGGGACAAACGAUUCUCUAAGUCUUUCAGAGAAAUGGUUGCUACAUGCCUUGUGAAGGAUCCCAAAAAACGUCCCAGCUCAGAAAAGCUUCUGAAGCACCCUUUCUUUAAACAUGGGCGCUCAAAUGAGUAUUUAGCUCAAUCCAUCCUUGAGGGUUUGUCCCCCCUGGGCGAACGUUUUAGGGUGGUUAAGGUAAAAGAAGCUGAUAUUCUUGCACAAAAUAAAGCAAUGCAUGAGGACAAGGAACAUUUGUCUCAGCAAGAGUACAUUCGAGGAAUUAGUGCAUGGAAUUUCAAUUUGGAGGAUCUAAAGAAUCAAGCUGCCCUUAUUCAAGAUGAUUUCACAUCUAAUUCAGAAGAUUCAAGUGUUAGUGGGAAACAUGUUGAUGGACUAGAGAAUGGCUCUCCUGCGAAGAAAGAGGGGUUCACAAGGGCUACUCAUUCUGAAGCAGCAUAUCCCUUGGAUGACGGCCUCAAUGAUGUACCAAAUUUAGAGAAUACACUGGCAGCAUUCCCAGAAAAACCUCUGCAGGCUCUCAAGGGUUUUUUUGAUGUUUCUGAUGAUGAUAUUUGCACUGACAAUGCUCCGUUUCCAAAGGAUACUUCUCGUAUUGAUUCUGAACGUCAAAGUCAGCCAUUGCCAUUCUCUGCUGCAGAUAAAGUAGUAGGUACAAAUGGUGGUCGAGAUUCUGGUCAAAGUGGCUCCUUGUCACAUUCAGUUUCAACUCAUAGAAAGUGUUCCAGUGGCUUAAUAGUACAGGACAAUGUUCAUUCCCCUAAAAAGUUCAAUAAUGAUGGGGAUAGGGAAAUACAACCAAGGAAUUCAGAACGAAAUCCUAGUGGUCCAUUGCAGUAUCGUCUAAAGAAAGAUUUCAGUAGUUAUACCGGUGAUGAUGCACCAGAAGGUGCUGUUAUUGAGCGGAGAGGCCGAUUUAAAGUCACUUUAGCAGAACCGAAUCCCAAGGGUCCACUGAACUCUCCCAACUCAGUUCAUAGUAGUUUCACAUGCUCAACAGUGCCGUGCAUUUCAGCUGCAUCAGUUCUCCCAGCCCUUCAAUCUAUUUUGCAACAUAACAUUUCGCAAAGAGAAGAUAUACUUAAAUUGAUGAAGAUGGUGGAGCCGACAUCUGGUAUUGAGCACACCAGUGCAAGCGGUAACGAUCCUUUGCAGACAAUCCCUACUUCUAUUAGGGAGAGGGAAUUGCAAGCACAGGUGACUCAACUGCGACAAAGUGUUGCAAGCCUGGUUGAAGAGUUACAGAAAAUGAGCGCCAGAAACGUUGAGUUGGAAAGAAAAUUAGAAGCAGCGAAGCAAAAUAAUAAGAUACAUGAACAAUGAGUAUUUGUUGGACAAAGGAAAGGAUAAGACAACAACUAUGCACCGCGCCACGACACAUCAGAUUCAUGUCAGCAUCAUUCUGGUCUAUUCUCUCACUCGUUUUUCUCUCAUUUCAUUUUAUUCUUGGGAUUUUUUUUUUUUUGACCUGCAAGUUUUUCAUCAUAUUCAGGGUAUAAUUUCUGGGGGCAUAUGUGGGUGUGUUUAGUUAAAAUUUUGUGUUGUUUGGUGUGAAUAUAUGUUAUAUAUAUACAUUAUGUGAUGUAUAUAUUUGUAAGCUGCCUAGUACUGUAUGAAGAUACUGCUUUUUAUAGUUCUCAGUGGGCAUGUGUCAUGUAUUUUGCAUUAGCCAUCAUCUGUUUGUAAUUAAAAUGAUCUAAACUCUGGUUUUGUUCUCUUGUUCUUCACAUCAUGCCAGUGUUUGAGAUUCAUUAUGUAGAAUAUAUAAGAAAGAUAAUUCUUUGGUGUUUCUGUAGAAUGACCAUUUUGCCCUUUUGGUUUCUGAA